AUGUCAGAACCUGAAUAUGUAAAUGCAUUCGCAGAAUGGCAAGCCGAUGACCUGAUGCAGAACUGCUUGCAUUGCCAAACAAAAUUUACUUUUCUGGUGCGAAAACAUCACUGCAGAUGCUGCGGAGGUAUUUUCUGUGCCAGCUGCAGCGAUAAGUUUCUUUGGUAUAAUCGACGCAGGCUAAAAGUAGUGCGUCGACAAGAUGAUUUUGAAUCGGCAGAAUUUCCGCCUCAUAGAACAUGCAUCUCGUGCAGCGAGAAUCUGGUGCAAAGGAGACUAGUUAUCACGAAAUGGGGCGAUAGAAACGCAUCGUCAUCGCGGAUCGCAGUGGACCGGUCAAACCCACAGUCGCGAUCGGAAUCUUUGAUGGCAGAGAGUAGUGCAGACCGUCUGGUAAGUGCCCCAAGCUCUUCUUCGGCUUCAUCUCUCCAAACCAACGAAGUGGUCAAAAACAUCACCGUGGCAGAAGCUACACGGAAGGCAGAUUUGGAUGCCGAUCGCUGCCCGAUUUGUAACAGCGAUUUAGCCAAAUUGACAGAUUUACAAUCAGUCACUCAUAUUCAGAACUGUGUGCGGGCUGCUGAGCUAACUCAGCAGCAUCAUCACCACCAGCAUCCGUCAAUCCCGGGGAAUACCGCUUCAAUGAAAAGCCCGGUAUUACAGAAUAGAAUGUUGGUUUACGUCGUCCCUAAUACACCAGACGCAUUGUCUAACGCCGACUUUGAGUAUCCAGAAUGCCCCAUAUGUUUUGAAGAAAUGAAGGGUGGAGAUAAGGUCGGACGUCUCGAGUGUUUGUGCGUAUUCCACUACGAUUGCAUUAAAGGCUGGUUCAGGAAGAAAAGCCAGAAAACUAAAGCUAGUUCUUCCGGGCUUGUCUCCAAAAACUUUUGCCCAUUACACGACGCCGUGUUUUGA